ACAUUUCCCUUUGCGAUCGAAUUGAAUUGCAAUGGCGCCACGGGUAUUCUGUGUGAGAAGAAGCAAACCACAACUUAUUUUGCCAGAAAGCGAAACGCAACGCGAUGUGGUACAGGUGUCGGACAUCGACGACCAAGGCAGCCUGCGAGUUCAAGUUGCGGUGUUGAUGGCGUACAAGGUGAACGAGGAAAUGAGAGGGAUAAUGGAUCCAGUUGAGGAAAUCAAGAGAGGGUUGGGCAAAGCACUUGUUUUCUACCACCCUUUGGCUGGGAGGAUCAUUGAAGGGCAGAAUAAGAAGCUUGUGGUGUUUUGUUUUGAUGAGAAACGGGUGUGGUUUGUGCCUGCCAAAGCAAAUGUUGAGCUUGAUGAGUUGGGUGUUGAGUCCUUGCACCCUCCUUGCCCACACUUGAAUAAGCUUCUCCAUCAUGUGCCCGACUCCACUGGGAUCACAGAGCGCCCUCUUCUACAUAUUCAGUUAACUCGUUUCACUUGCGGUGGUUUUGUAUUGGCCAUUCGCUUCAACCACACCAUGAUGGAUUCCCAAGGCUUAGUUCAGUUUCUAAACUCAGUCGCCGAAUUGGGGCACGGCGGCGCCACCGCACCCUCCAUUUUACCCGUCUGGGAAAGAGACUUCUUAAAAUCGAGGCCAACCCCACGCAUCACAUGCACACACAGAGAGUUCGAGGAGUCCGACGAAUCCAAGACCGCAGUGUUCCAUGGGAAAUCCGUCGACGUAGAAAAGCUGCUAAAGAAUCUCCGGUGGCUCUUCGGCGAGACGCUCGUGUUCGGCAUGCUCAUACUCAAACGCUCCUUCACCUUCGGCUCCAGAGAGCUGCAGGCGAUCAAGGAUCAGUGCCUAGAAAACUGCACCACCUUCGAGGCGCUCACCGCGUGUUUGUGGAAAUGCCGCACCGCCGCUCUCAAUCCGCACCCCGCCGCGACGGUGAAGUUAACGUUUCUCGUCAACGUACGAGAGAGAUUGCAGGGCGGCACCUACGAGUUGAAUCGCGGGUACUACGGCAACACGUUUGUGUCGGUGGCAGCGGCCACCACGGCGGAGCUGCUGUGCAAGAACCCGGUGGCGUACGCGGCGGAGCUGAUUAGGGAGGCCAAGAAUAAUGUGAACGAGGAUUAUGUGAAGUCCGUGGCGGAUCUUAUGGUGCUUAAGGGCAGGCCGAAGUGGUCGGUUCUUAGGAACUUAUUGAUUGCGGACAACACGCGAUUGGGAUUGGACGAGGUUGAUUUUGGGUGGGGCAGGCCCAUGUUUGGUGGGGUGGUGUCGGUCAGUUAUGGUGUUGGCUACUUGGUGCCUCAUAAAAGGAUGGAAGACAUUAAUAAGGGUGUGUUGGUAGCACUAGCUUUACCUCCUAUAGUUAUGGGGAAAUUCCAAAAUGAGAUUAGGGAGAUGAUUGGAGGCCAUAAAUAAAUUCAAGAGUUACACCCAUUUGGACAAUUUAUUGAGCAAUUAAUAAGGUACACGUGAAUUUUAAUGACUUGUUGAGUUAAUAAAAAUAUCAAAUGGAGGAAGAUCAGACGAUGAAAAACCAAGGAGACCAGACAAAGUUUCAUUUGGAAUUUUUUUUUGAAAAAAAAUAAAAAUAAAUAAAGCUACUAUGUA